AUGAAUCUGCGCUUGGAAUUGACCCGGUUUUUGAACCUCUGCUUUGCAUUGGCUUCCGCCUUUAUGUUCUGGAAAGGUCUUUCAAUAGUUACAGACUCCCAUUCUCCUAUAGUAGUGGUACUUUCGGGUUCCAUGGAGCCUGCUUUCCAGAGAGGAGAUAUUUUGUUUUUGUGGAACCGAAACACCUUGAACAAAGUUGGAGACGUGGUGGUGUAUGAAGUGGACGGCAAGGACAUUCCGAUUGUGCACAGGGUGCUGAGAGAGCAUGUGGACGAGAACACCGGAAAGCAGCUCCUUCUAACUAAGGGUGACAACAACGCCGGAAAUGAUAUUCCAUUGUACGCCAAACGCAAAGUUUAUUUGCACAAAGAAAAAGACAUUGUGGGUACUGUCAAGGGCUACAUUCCGCAGCUUGGGUACGUUACAAUCUGGAUCUCUGAGAACAAGUACGCGAAAAUGGGACUUAUGGGUCUAAUUGGUUUGAGCGCUUUGUUAAGUAAUGAGUAA